GCCCCCUGAGCCCUAAAUGGCUCCACACCUUGGUUGGCCCAGCCCUCACCCUGUCCCUCCCUCUAGGGCGGGUCCAACAGAGCCAUAAAGCUCCAGAAAGAGCUCAGAAAAAGGCUGACUGCAGAGGCGAAAGGAGCAGAGCACACAGAGCCAUGAGGCGAGAGAGUCCGGCCCUCAGCUGGGCCGUGGCUGCUGUCUUGAUGCUGCAGACGCUGGCCAUGGCGAACCACUCCCCACAGACCCUGGGCAGCCAAGCCGGGGUGUUCGCGGACCUGAGCACAGAGGAGCUGAAGGCCGUGCGCAGCUUCCUCUGGUCCCGGAAGGACCUGAGGCUGGAGCCCUCCCAGGGAUCAACCAUCGCCAAGAACACUGUGUUCCUCAUUGAGAUGCUGCUGCCCAGGAAGCAACAGGUGCUGAAAUUUCUGGACCACGGUCAGAGGCGGCCGGCUCGGGAGGCGCGUGCCAUCAUCUUCUUCGGAGCUCAAGAGCAUCCCAACAUCACUGAGUUUGCCGUGGGGCCCCUGCCAAGGCCCCACUACCUGCGCACACUGCCCCCCAGGCCUGGGCACCAGAUGUCCUGGACCUCCAGGCCCAUCUCCUCGGCGGAAUAUGUCCAACUGAGCCACACCCUGGAGGAGGCCACCAGGCCCUUGCACCAAUUUUUCCUGGACACCACGGGCUUCUCCUUCCAGGACUGCCACACCCGAUGCCUGACUUUCACCGACGUGGCCCCUCGGGGCUUGGCCUCGGGCGAGCGCCGCACCUGGUUCAUCUUGCAGCGCUUUGUGGAAGGCUUCUUCUUGCACCCCACAGGCCUGGAGUGGAGAACCCAGUGUAAAAUGGGGGGAGGGGUACUUUGGGUGCUGGAUCCUCAUUCUGCAUCUCCCUUCACACCCGCAGGCACCAAGAAUAGCUUCCAGACGCUGGGCAUGAAGCUAGAAAACAUCACCAACCCCUGGAGCCCGGAGCACCGGCUGGUCCAGCCAACCCUAGAGCAGACGGGGUACUCCCGUGAGCGCCAGGCAGCCUUCCGCUUCGGACGGACUCUGCCCAAGUACCUGCUGUUCACCAGCCCGAAGGAGAACCGCUGGGGCCACCAGCGCAGCUACUGGUUGCAGAUCCACUCCAUGGCUGAGCAGGUGCUGCCGCCUGGCUGGCAGGAGGAGCGGGCUUUCACCUGGGACUUGGUGGCCUGGGUGACAGUGGGCUUCCUGCACAUCCCCCACUCAGAGGACAUCCCCAACACGGCCACCCCCGGGAACUCCGUGGGCUUCCUGCUCCGGCCCUUCAACUUCUUCACCGAGGACCCAUCCGUGGCAUCCAGGGACACCGUGAUCGUGUGGCCCCGGGACAAAGGCCCCAACUACGUGCAGCGAUGGAUCCCUGAGGAGGGCGGGGACUGCUGGAAGCCUACCCCCUUUAGCUACAAUGGGACUUACAGGCCCGUGUGAAGGGCUGCUGCCCCCAGCUAACUCCUCACUAGAACCCCAGUUCCCCCACCCCACCCAGGAAUGGAUAAUAAACCUUC